AAGCCAUUAGAGCGGCAACCGCUGGCCAAGUCGGUCUAUAAAAGCCCCCCGGCUGCAAGUGGCGCUUUCCAUUCCUCGCGAAAGGACACUAGCAGUCGGGCCGACGAGAUGCUGCGCCACCUGAUCCGCCACGAGAACAACAAGGUCUUUGUCCUGGUCCUGCUCUACUGCGUCCUGGUCAGCAUCCUGAAGCUCUGCACGGCUCAGCCGGAUGGCGCGGUGGCCGCCACCGAUAAUGAUAUUACGCACUUGGGCGACGAUUGCCAGGUGACGCCCGUCAUCCAUGUGCUCCAGUAUCCCGGAUGUGUGCCCAAGCCGAUUCCCUCGUUCGCCUGUGUGGGUCGCUGUGCCAGUUACAUCCAGGUCUCGGGCAGUAAGAUCUGGCAGAUGGAGCGCUCCUGCAUGUGCUGCCAGGAGUCUGGUGAGCGGGAGGCUUCCGUUUCGCUGUUCUGUCCCAAAGUGAAGCCCGGCGAGCGCAAGUUCAAGAAGGUGCUGACCAAGGCGCCAUUGGAGUGCAUGUGUCGGCCAUGCACUUCCAUCGAGGAGUCUGGCAUCAUACCACAGGAAAUUGCCGGCUAUUCGGACGAAGGUCCACUCAACAAUCACUUCCGGCGCAUCGCACUGCAAUAGAUUCCCCCCAGUUUAGCACUCAUACCCAUUUGCUCAUAGAAUUGCUCAUUAAAAUUGCCGUUUCUGCUUGUCCACAGUG